AAUUUACCAGCAGGAAAGAUUCUCAUGUCCAGAAAAGGGUUCAUAUAAAAAGGAAAUUAAGGAAGAGAGAAGUCACAAUACUCAACACAACCCAAAGGAAGCUUGGGGUUCUUUGGCUGUUCACCUCCCAACAGAAUGGGGCCAAUUCCCAAACUCCUGGCUGGAUUUAUCCUGUUGACUUUAUGUGUGGAAAACAUAUCAGGCCAGCACUGGUCCUAUGGCCUGCGUCCUGGAGGAAAGAGAAAUGCUGAAACCUUGGUUGAUUCUUUCCAAGAGAUAGCCAAAGAGAUCGAUCAGCUGGCAGAACCCCAGCACUCCGAAUGCGCGCUCCACCAGGCUCCCUCUCCCCUCAGCGACCUGAGAGGGGCUCUGGAAAGUCUGAUUGAAGAGGAAACUGGGCAGAAAAAGAUUUAGAUCCAUUGGGCCAGAAGGAUCAACAACACUGAUGUGUGACACUGACAUUGAAAUUUGUGGCCCAUAAAAUAUCUGUCAAUGGUGUGGAUCUCAGAAAUUCUUUCAUCAAUAUGCACGUAUUUCAUAAUAAAGUUCUGUGCCGUGAAUGCAGUGAUAUAAAUGUGAAGU